ACUUCUUUAAAAGCUAGUGCCAUUGCUGUGAUGGUCAUUUAAGUCGAUUCUUCUUCAUUCAUUCGCAUACAAUAAAACCGUCAUGUCAGUUGCAACUUUAACCGAGAUAAUUUCUCCAAAUUUUACUGAAAAUGUUGUUAUUGUUAUGCUCGAAAGAUUUAGCGGUUUUAAAAACGUUCAGAUUAAAAAUGUUGACAUUGGAAAUUCCUCAAAAAAGGGUGAUUCCUAUUUAAGUACUUUGUGUCGCUUUAGUUUACAAGCAGAUGGAAUCACAAAUGGAGGACUUCAACAAUCUAUUUUUUUACCUGUGAUUGUUAAAGCAAUACCUAAAAACGUUGCACGUAGGAAAACGUUUAGAUCAUCAGAUUUUUUUGCAACUGAAAUUUAUUUUUAUGAAAAGGUAUGGCCUUUAAUGGAAUCUUUCAAGACCAACAAAAAGGUUUUGGAUUUAGAUCUCGAAGUACCAAGGCUUUUAUCGUCAUUUUCUGAUGGCGAGCACGAUUUUAUUGCUCUUGAAGAUUUGAGUUACAAAGGGUAUAAAACUGCUGAGAGGGAAGGAUCUGUUAAUUUUGACCAGACCAAAUUGGGAUUGAUAUUAAUGGCAAAAUUUCACGCAUUAUCAAUUGCUUUAAGGGAUCAGAAACCGGAGUUUGACAACGUUGCAUCUGAUAUACAAGAAAGUUACUUUUCCGAAAAGUUUAGGCCCUGGUACACUGGUUUUCUGGAAGAAAAAUUAAAGAAAAUUAUAAGAAAUGCUGUAACUACGGAACUUCCGGAAUAUUAUUUAGAAAAGAUUAACAAAUUGUUUGAAACUGAUUUAUAUGGUGUUGCCUGUAGUUAUACGUCUGUAAGAAAUAAAUGUACUGCGGUUACCCAAGGUGACGCUUGGAUCCCAAAUUUCUUGUUCAAAUACGAUGAUAAGGGUAACGCUAUAAAUGCAGUGAUGAUCGAUUUUCAACUUGCGAGAUACACUACAUUAUCAAACGACGUGUCAUUUUUCCUCUACGUUUGCAUGUCCGAAGACAUGUUAGAAACUCAUUGGGAUGAACUGAUAGAAAUAUAUUAUAAGGAACUCUCUAAACGAAUUGAAGAGCUGGGUUCUGAAAAAAAUCUUAUUACCUUUGAUGAACUUAAAGAGGAUUUAAGUAAGCAUGCUAUAUUCGGUUUUAUUAUGGGUAUGGAGGCAAAAACUAUGAGUUUCUUGGAAGAAAAUGAAGUUGCUGAUUUGGAUGAGAUACAGGGAGAAGAAGCUGUUCCAUUACAUUCUAUUUGGGAUAUUCCUCCUUUUAAGGAUAUUACCCGAAAUAAAAGACUGGCCAAAAUGGUUAAACAUUUUAUAGAUAAAGGAUAUAUAAAUGAUUACAUAAACUAAAAUAUUAUAUAAAAAUUAAAUAUAUUUAUUCUUUUAA